AUCACUGUAGCAACGAGUCCAAUCCACAAGGGAAGGAGAAGAGAGGCCGCCACUCCCAGGAGCCUCUCAAGCUGCAAAGUCCUCGCGUUCUCAAAUCUCCAUCCCUCUUUCCCUUUUUCUCCAUUUAAUUUGGGAUGGAUCUCGGCCUGGGGAGACUGACGGCGCGGAUCCCUCUCCGACCUCGCUGUUCCCGAGACGACUCGCGCCCUCCGGAGAAAGGGAAAAACGACAAAGGUGAUAGACUGUCUACAGAUUGGGACAAAGCUUGGUCAAGCUUCCGGAAACGGGGAAAGAAAUCUCUCUUCUCACGGUUUAUUCCAGACAAAUAUGUCAGCUGGAAUCCACGGCGUUCUGAAUACCCAUUGUCAGAGGAGGUUGAUCCCAUCAAAAGAACAGAGAGAUCCAAUCUCGAGUUAUGGACAAGUCCAAAGUUCACUCUGGUAGGAGCCAUAGUUGUGGUGUCGAUGCUUCUAAUCUAUACACUGAUAUUCCCAACCAAGUAAUUUCAACCUGUUAUAUUUUACACAGAAAGUGGGUGCCCACAAUUAUGUAUGAUUUUCUAUCUGUAUGAUGACCCACAAAUAUUGGAGGAAGUGCAGCAUGUGCACUUUGUAUUUAAAUGCAUAAGCUUCCAUCUGUCACAUGAAAUGCUCUUCUCAGAAAGAGUUCUUGAUGCCACCA